GGACCUUAAUGGUGCCAAAUACUAAUUGUUAUUCAAGAUUAAAUAAAAUCUAAAGUAAAUAUAUAGGGCUGUUGACUACCCACAUUGUUUCAUGUUUAUCAAGGGCUUUUAUUAGUCCGGUAUAACUAAACAUUUUCUGCAAAUUGUAACAUCGGUGUAUCGCUUAACAUAAACAGCAGGGCGAAACUAUACUAAGUUACUGUUUGUGGUGUUUCCCCACAAAUAUCUUUAAUUCGCGCUUUACAUUGAAAUUGACCCUGGCUUUGAGGGGGGUGUUCUUUUUUUUCAAGCAGAAGACAAAAAGAAGCUGGUGAUUGACUAUUUCCUGGAGGGAGGUACCAUUGACAUCAUUUCAAGUGUUUGGAGUCCGGUUUGGACUCGCUUCAAUUGCUGCGUCGUUCGUCCGUAGACCGGUUUCAGAACCCGACCUGAAAUGGAUUCCCACUGAAUACGGAUCAGAAGUUACUGCAACGCUCUGCUUUUAUUAUCAGAGAAACCAAACCUGAGGAGGUUAACCGCAUUUGUUUCAGAAAUGAUUCAGAGGAAUGAAGUGGUGCUCUUUGUCCUGGGGGAGCUGCAGGAGGCCACGGAGUGUGAGGGCCUGGACUCGCUGGUCAGGGUGGCCCAGGAAGUAGAGCGAGCUCUGGCCACAUUUCAUCUCCCCACGACCCUCUGUGAGGAGUUCCAGGGCAAGGUGGAACUGGACCAGGUUGCCCACUGCCUCUAUCCUGGGGAUGCCCCCAAAGACAUGGUGCCGCUGGCCUGCAAAGGGGAGGGGAACCUUCUGUUUGAUGCAGCCAGCAUGCUGCUCUUGGGAAAUACAACCCUCAGUCUGGAGUUGCAAGUGAGGACUGUUGUGGAGAUGCUGCUUUGGAAGAGGUACUACCUGAAUGGGAUGAUAGACUCCAAGGUGAUGCUCCAGGCCGCUCGCUUUUCCCUGUGCACAGAGGAGUCUGUAGAGAUGCUCAACCUGCCAAUGGCUGUCCUGGAGGCCAUAUUUGAUGCAGAUGUGAAAGCUUCCUGUUUCCCAGGCUCCUUUGCCAACAUGUGGCACAUAUACGCCCUGGCAUCUGUCCUCAAGUGCAACAUCUACUCCAUCUACCCAAUGUACAACCUGAAGAUUCGGCCAUACUUCAACCGCCUCAUCCGCCCCAGGGCCUUGCCCCAGUAUUCCAGUCAUAUGACCCUCCAUAUCAUGUGGUCAGGGGAGCUAGAGUCUAUUUCUGUAUUCAAGCCCCAUCAUUUUGUGGCUUUGGUCCAGCUGUCUGACCUUCAGAAGGGAAGCUGUAAUGAUGAACAUCAAGGUCUGCCGUUAAAGACUUUGGAGCUUUUGAAUCAGGACCCUCAACUCUCUUACUCCAGCCUCAAGGACCGGUACAACAUCACAAAAAGUACCUUCUACAGGUGGAAGAGGCAAACCCAGGAACAUCGGAAAAAAGCGGCAGCCAGGUAUGAAGCCAAACAUUUCCUCCAAGUAUGUUACACAGAGGGAAAGCUCUUACCUCUUCAUCAGUUCAAGGAGUUCUUCCCUGAUAUAUCUCGCUCAACAUAUUACGCCUGGAAGCACGAGCUGCAAGCGUCAGGUGGUUGCUUCUCAAUGACGGUGAACGGUGAAGAAGUGGGAUCUGGGGAAAGUUUUGAGCAGAACUCCUGGCCAUCCCCUGAAGGAAGCACCAAGACCCGCUGUGACGGUUUUUCUGGCCUAGUGAAUCAGUCGGGCGAGAAGGUCGGAGCGGAUCGAGCUCAAAACCUUGCUUUCAUGCAAGAGGCAAAGAGAUGCCUGCAGAACUGCAUUGCUGUUAACACCUCCUUUCCAUACAGGAAUUUCAAGAGGAGUUUCCCUGGCAUCUCAAGGUCCACGUACUACAAUUGGAGGAGAGAGGCAAUGCAGGCCAAUCCUGGCUUCAAGGAUUCGUUGGGAAGCAGCGAAGAUGGCUCUGAUGCUGACCCUACGCAGCACGAUGCCCAGUGGACCAGCACCCCAAGGGUGAAGGUGUGCAGACAAAAUCACAAGAGCUUUCAGACCUGCUACCUUCGAAAGAAGAAACUGAGGGACGAGGCCAAGAAACGAGCCCAGAGGUCAAAGAUGACCUUUGCCAAGUUCAAGCUCAAGUACCCCUCUGUUUCAUCCUUCUCUUAUUGGAAAUGGAAGAAGGGUCUCGGCCAUAAGAAGGUGGCCAAAGAGCCUGUGACCUCAGCAUCUGAUUGGUCUGAAGUCUCAAAUGACCCGAAGGUGCCAUCAAUGGAGUCGAAUGCUCUUCCAUUUGAGAAGAAUGUAGAGCAUUUGAAUGGUCACACCUUGAGCCCUUAUAAUGUCACCUUGUCAGGGUACACUUUCCCAGAGAAGCAUGCAGAAGAGCAGAUGUUUGUCAUGGAUGUGGUGGCCUUGGCUAACUUCAAGGCUAAAGCCAAGCUGUUCCUGCAGCAGCGUUUCGAGGAGAAGUCCUUCCCCACCUUCAAAGAGUUCAGGUCUUACUUUCCUCUCACCCCCCGUUCCACCUACUACAUGUGGAAGAGAGCAUUGCACCAUGGGCUUCCACUAGUUCAUGGCUGAUUGGUGGGUUGGGUUGGGGGGUGGGGUGGGUUGAGCUGGCAGUAAGUCUUAAAGGUUUUUUUUUUUUUUUAAAGCUACUUUUUUGGUAAUAGCCUCAAGUAGGAGAAGACAAGCUUUUUCAUGGGUCAGUUCAGCUGCAAUGGGCAGUCUCUUUGGAGUCAGGCAUCCAAGUGAAGUCUGAAAAUAUCUAAUUGCAGUUUCAGCAUCUUAAGUAGCUCUUCACCUAUUCAGUGUUGCUUUCAACAUGUCGAAAUUUGCAUGUGUUUGAAAUAAGACCCUGACUCCACUUAAGACGUCCUGAUGCCCUCUGGGCAAAAAGCAGUUUCAACUAGAUAAUGAAGGGUUGUCUUUGGAAAUCCGGCUUUCUAAAAUCCCUUUUGUCAAUUCCAAAGUGGUGGGUCUGAAAUCCCCUCCAACUCCUUCCAUCCCCGUACCUUCUGGGUCUGACCUGCCUUCAUUGCUUGUUGGCUGGAUGCAAUCAAAAAUCAAAUUCAUUGAAGUUUUGUUCCCUAUGUGCAGAUCAUGUUACAAUUCCCAUUAGUGUAAAGGAGAAAAUGCCACCCCCCCCCCCCAAAAAAAUGUUUUUGUUACACUUCACUGAAAGUUUAAAGGGCAAAAUCGUUUCUCUGUUCACUGGGACUUGAGUACUUAUUUCCUUACCUGUUUUGGGGAAUUUCCUUGGAAUGUUUUGGUGAAAAUUGAGUACUAUGAAUGUAUACCUGCUUUCUGAAUGUUACUCUUCCCUUCCCCCGUGUGGAGAACGGUACUAAAGCUGUGUUAAAGGGGUACUUUUCUUUCCUAAAACCUUGUUUCCUUGAGUUUGAAGGCUUUGUAAGUAUCACACAAGUUGAAAUUGGCAGGAAUGAAAAGGGGCUUUGCUGUGUUUAUGCUUUUGAUGACUAUUUGUGCCAUUCCUAAAUUCUGGGUCCUGUUAGGAGACAAAGCAGAUGUAUGUAUAUAUUGCACUAAGAAUUUCUCUUGAUGCGAGAAAUGCGGAGCAUGUGGUUAUGUUUGCUGUUCGAUCUUUAUCUUUUUAGAAUUCGCUCCAUGAUGUUUAUUUCCCAUCUGAGAAAUGCGUCCACUAUUCAGGGUUAUAUUAGUCCAAAAGAUGAUGUAAAAUAUAUUUUUCUAUUUUAAUUUUCUGAAAAUCCUCAAGCUUGUUUCUUUUCUCUCUGACUUUGAUUUAGGGAUACCUCAGUCAUAUGGGACAUUUUAUUUGAUUUUAUAUUGAAUUAUGUUAUAAGCUCCAGGAUUCUAUGUGAAGAACAUCCUUCUCCCCCAAGACAUUAGGUAACAUUAAGUAAAUGGUUUCCUGUUUUUUGGAUUGUUCCUACUCUGAAUCACUUUAUUCUUGUAUUUUUUUUCACUUGGUUUGUGCAUGACCAAAAUGAACAGUGUAAAUAUAUCUAUUUUCAGUGGAAUGCGGAAAAUGAUUUUCAUUGUGAAACCAGGAAAUCAAUAAACUGUCCACUUAA